AUGGGGGGAAACAGCCCGAGUCACCUCUCCCGUGAGGAUGGUGAAGGUGGAGGAGUUAAUUUUGUGAAGGGCAUUCGGCUGUCAGAUAAAGUGAUCCACCGGAUGAAACAGUCUUCAAACGUCGCUCCACCGGUCUCACAGAACGGAUGUCCUAAUUUCCGCUCACCUGAAACAGAAACACCAACUCCAGUUCCCGCCCCCUCUGUCGAACACUUAGUACCUCUUCUGACGCCGCCUCCUCCAUUCAUCGCACCACCCACGCCUCCGUCAUUGGAACCACCUCCUCCUGUAAAACUGGUUCAUCCUCCUCCUAUAAAGUUUCACUCCCUGCCUCCUAUCCCUGUAGAGCCUGCAUUCCCGCCUCCACCUGAAGAGCCAAAAACUACACCUCUAAUUGAGCCUGUUGUCUCUGACGCCGCUGCACCACCUCCUCCUCCUCCUCAAGAAGCCCCAACCAAACUUCCAUCAGUGGAACCUCCUCCUCCUCCUGUAAAGCUUCACUCCCUUCCUCCUAUGGUGGAGCCUGAAGCCACGCCAAAAACUCCAACUCUAACCACCCCUGUUGUAGCAGCCCCUCCUCCACCUCCAUCUACACCUUCUACACAAUCCCUCCUGCUGAAAAAGAAGUUCCUCCUGUACUGGUUUCAGCUGUCGAUCCAACGCCUCCAUGUCAACUGGUUUCACCUCUACCAGACCGGUGGCAGCACCCUCACCCCUCUAGAGCCGGUGACAGCACCCUCAACUCCUCCUGAGCCGGUGGCAGCACCCUCACCCCCUCUAGAGCCGGUGACAGCACCCUCACCUCCUCUAGAGCCGGUGGCAGCACCCUCAACUCCUCUGGAGCCGGUGGCAGCACCCUCAACUCCUCUGGAGCCGGUGGCAGCACCCUCAACUCCUCUGGAGCCGGUGGCAGCCCCCAUUCCUCCUCCUGAGCCGGUGGCAGCACCCUCACCUCCUCCUGAGCCGGUGGCAGCACCCUCACCUCCUCCUGAGCCGGUGGCAGCACCCUCACCUCCUCCUGAGCCGGUGGCAGCACCCUCACCUCCUCCUGAGCCGGUGGCAGCACCCUCACCUCCUCCUGAGCCGGUGGCAGCACCCUCACCUCCUCCUGAGCCGGUGGCAGCACCUCCUCCACCUCCUCCAGAGUUCACUUUUGAAGAGCCCUCCCCACCCUGUCACUGUGUGGAGCUGGCCCUCAUACCCACUGAUGCACCUGCAAGGGAACCCCUCGUAGAGCCUCUGGCACCUCCUCCACCCCCUCCAGCUCCUCCCGUUGAGGAGCCCACCAUUACCCUGUCUCUGCCCCCUGUUGUUGAGGACGAAGUACCUGCUGUUGCCUCAGCACCACCACCUGCAGCAGCUCCAUCUGUUCCUCCUGAAGUGGUGGAGAAAGAGUUGAGGCAGAAGAUCAAAGAGGAGAUGCAGAUGAGUCUGGAGGAUGAGAUAAACCAGAAGAGGCAGGAUCUACAGCUACAGCUGGUGGAGAUGAGGGCUGCGGCUCAAUCAGAGGCCCAAGCAGCCGCUCAGGCUCAGGUGGAGGAGCAGGUGAGGAAGACGCUGCAGGCGGAGAAGGCGGGGUACGUGGAGAACCUGACAGACUCCAUCAGGAAGGAGCGGAUGAAGACUGCCGACCAGAGGCUGAUGGUGCAGCUCUAUCGGAUGGAGCUGAAGGCUCAUCAGCUGGAGGAGAGGGGGAAAGAGUUGAUGAAACGAGACGCUCUCUACAAGGAGCAUGUCGCUAAACUUGAGGCAAAGUGUACUGACUUUUACAAAGUGACUGCUGAGAGCUACAAGAAAGGCAAAGAGGACACUCACAAACGUUUUGCGCGUUUCAACAUCCAGCCAGUGUGUGGUGACUUGCAGCGUCAGAUUAUGAAAUGCUACAAGGAGAACACAGGAAAGACUCUGUCGUGCUCGAGCAUCGCCUCGGCCUACAUGCAGUGUGUCGACAACGCCAAAAAGAAUAAAUUGAGCCCUGGAGGUUAAUGUGGACCACUUGAUGAUGAUGAAGACAACAUCUGGAAGCUUUACUGCUGCAGCAAAAAAAGUUAACCAAAAGAAUUCAACAAACGGAUGAGUCACGGGAGAAUCGACUCCAGCCUUUAUAUACAUCUGGGAAAAGUGCCACAUAGCCAGACUAGUAAUCUGGUCUCGUACCGGUAAUGUCAUGUUUUCAACCUCUCUGGUUCUUGGGAUCAUUUUAAAACAGACGGAUCAAUUCAUUGUAAGUGCUCGUCUUUGUAAUCGAGGUGAAGCACACAAAAGGAGCAAGUUUAACUUUUGCAUUUAAGUAAGGUGUUUGUAUGAGACAUAUACAUAAGGAAAUCCUGGGAAAUCAACGUGUGUGCCUUGAAGUUAUGAAAGCUAAUAAUCAGAUUGCAGAUGCAUGAAAGAACUGUUUAAUGAGCAGAAUGUGAAGAAACAAAGACCUGUAUAUGUUUGAGGUUAUUGAUUCUGUAUAUAAAUUAUUUCAGAAGUUUUUUCUUUUUCUGGUGCAUGCAAAAAAAAUCAAUCUUAAUAAACUUUGUUGUGGAAUCACAUAAUGGCUUUUACAUUUUGCAGUUUGAGGAAAAAUAUUUAUAAAUAAACAUAAAACACAU